AUGUCGAACGAAAUUUCCAUUUUUAUUCUUUUUAUUUUUUGUGGCCAACUCCAUUUGAGCGAAGAAAAUUUGUACCGUCUGGGUUCAAAAACACAUUACAAUUUGUCAGUCGAGAUUGAUAAGCAUGACAAGUUCAUGCCUAUUCUAUUCGGUGACAAUUUUCUACCUUCCGAUAAGUUCUUGCACAUGUACGGCAACUUCAGGCACGGAACUCGAUAUCCGGGCAAAAAGGACGUCGAAAACGGUUUGAGUAUUAUGGGGAAGCUAAAGAAUUUAAACUUUUCGGCUGAUAAAUAUCAAGAAAUGAAUGACGUAAUUCAAGAUAUGAAAAAUAAACCGGAAUAUAGUUUGCUGUCGCCGUCAGGCAAACAAGAACAUAGAGAUAUCGGUAGAAAAUAUGGCGGAAUAUUCAAGGAAUUAAAUUUUGGUAAAAUCGAUCCGAGCAAUACAGUUUUUGGACACACAUUUAAAUCAAGAGCGAUGGAAAGCAUGGAAGGGUUCAUUGAAACCUUUUUGCCUGUUGUUGAUCCUAAUUCUAAGAACGAUGCUUACAAGAGGGUAAAUCGUGAUGAUAUGCUGAGAUUUUUUGAUCUCUGCACUGAAUAUAUCAAUACAGUUAAAAACAAUAAGACAAUGGGGGAAGAAAAGAAUACAUUUAUGAAUAAUAACAGGGAUAAACUGUUGAGUUACAUAAAAGAAAAAGUCGGGCUACCAGGCCUCGAUUUAACAAAUGGGGAGAUAAGUGCAUGGGUAACUAUAGCAGGCUUUGAAUUGGCAAUAAAUCGUACUAAUAACUGGCUUAAAUAUUUAGAUGACAGAAUUCUUGAAAUCGUGGAAUAUGCCUCUGAUUUAUCAACAUAUUAUGAGAAAGGCCCUGGUGUGAAAAUAAACUAUGCCAUGAGUUGUGGAGUCAUUAAAGAAAUUUUUGGCAUAUAUGAUGAAAUUCUGGCUAAAAAAAGCAAGGAGAUUGCAAGAUUUUACUUUAGCCAUGCUGAAACAUUGAUACCUCUGUUGAACAUCAUUGGAUUGUUCAGGGGUGAUCCUCCAUUAAAACAUAACACUUUCGAAGCUAACAAGAACAGAGAGUUCAAAACAACCAGGGUUGCUCCCUUUGCCACUAAUUUUGUUUUUGUACUUAUGGAGCGUGGAAAAAUAGCGUUUAUACGUCUCUAUUUCAAAGGAGAACCCUACCAAUUUAGCUUUUGUAAAUCAAGCAUUUGUGAAUACUCGAAGGUCCUGAACGGCUUUGUUGACAAGCAUCUUGAUUAA